CACUGAUGCUAAAGCCGAUCACCUUCUACUCGGUCGCCAGUCUCAGCCCCUGUUGAAAAGUUUUCAGCUGUGCGUUGCUCUUGCGCGGAUUGCCGAGAUGGCGAAACCGUUAACCGACAGCGAGAAAAGAAAGCAGAUCAGCGUGAGGGGCAUCACCGGCGUGGGAGAUGUGGCCGAAAUCAAGAAGUCCUUCAACCGGCAUUUGCACUUCACCCUCGUCAAAGACAGGAUCGUCUCGACCCCCCGAGAUUAUUAUUUCGCCCUGGCGCACACCGUGCGGGAUCACCUGGUGGGCAGAUGGAUUCGAACCCAGCAGUAUUAUUACGAGAAGGACCCCAAGCGCAUUCACUACCUCUCGCUGGAGUUCUACAUGGGACGGACCCUGCAGAACACGAUGAUCAACCUGGGGCUGCAGAGCGCCUGUGAUGAAGCCGUCUAUCAGCUUGGACUGGACCUCGAGGAGCUGCAGGAGAUCGAGGAGGACGCUGGACUGGGCAACGGGGGACUGGGGCGUCUGGCAGCUUGUUUCUUGGAUUCCAUGGCCUCCUUGGGUCUGGCAGCCUAUGGAUAUGGAAUCCGGUACGAGUUUGGGAUCUUCAACCAGAAGAUCUCAGAAGGCUGGCAGAUUGAGGAAGCUGAUGAUUGGCUGCGCUAUGGCAACCCCUGGGAGAAAGCACGACCCGAGUUCAUGCUGCCCAUCCACUUCUACGGAAGAGUCGAUCAGAGUGGAGGUGGUGCCAAGUGGGUAGAUACUCAGAUCGUCCUCGCCAUGCCUUAUGACACUCCAGUGCCAGGCUACAAGAACAACACGGUGAACACCAUGAGACUCUGGUCGGCCAAAGCCCCCAACGACUUCAACCUCCAGGAGUUCAAUGUGGGUGACUACAUCGAGGCAGUGCUGGACAGAAACCUGGCAGAGAACAUCUCCAGAGUGCUGUACCCCAACGACAACUUUUUUGAAGGGAAGGAGCUACGGCUGAAGCAGGAGUACUUUGUGGUGGCCGCCACCCUGCAGGAUAUCAUCCGCCGCUUCAAGUCUUCCAAGUUCGGCUGCAGAGACCCCGUGAGGACCAGCUUUGAUACGUUCCCAGACAAGGUGGCCAUUCAGCUCAAUGACACUCACCCUGCUCUGGCCAUUCCAGAGCUCAUGAGGAUCUUGGUGGAUGUGGAAAAGCUGGAGUGGGAGAAGGCCUGGGACAUCACGGUGCAGACGUGCGCCUACACCAACCACACGGUGCUCCCCGAGGCCCUGGAGCGCUGGCCCGUCUACAUGUUUGAGAAGCUGCUGCCCCGACAUCUGCAGAUCAUCUAUGAGAUCAACCAGCGGCACCUGGACAGGGUCUCGGCUUUGUAUCCCGGAGACUGGGACCGUCUGAAAAGGAUGUCUCUAAUCGAGGAAGGUGACCCCAAGAGGGUGAACAUGGCCCACCUGUGUGUGGUGGGGACACACGCAGUGAACGGCGUUGCCAGGAUCCACUCGGAGAUCGUCAAGAACAGCGUGUUUAAAGACUUCUACGAUAUUGAACCUGAGAAGUUUCAGAACAAGACCAAUGGCAUCACUCCACGCCGCUGGCUGCUGCUGUGUAACCCAGGACUGACCGAUCUCAUUGUUGAGAAAAUUGGCGAAGACUUUGUCACCGACUUAUAUCAGCUGAAGAAGCUUCUGAACUUUAUUGAUGACGACGUCUUCCUGCGGGACGUGUCCAAGGUCAAGCAGGAAAACAAGCUGAAAUUUUCAAGCUACCUGGAGCAGGAGUACAACGUAAAAAUCAACCCGGCGUCCUUGUUUGACAUCCAAGUGAAGAGAAUUCACGAGUACAAACGGCAGCUGCUCAACUGCCUGCACAUCAUCACCCUCUACAACCGCAUCAGAAAGGAGCCGAAUAAGGAGUUUGUGCCCAGGACGGUUAUGAUCGGAGGAAAGGCAGCUCCUGGGUACCACAUGGCCAAAAUGAUCAUAAAACUGAUUACAUCCGUGGGCAACAUUGUGAACCACGACCCUGUGGUGGGCGACCGUCUGAAAGUCAUCUUCUUGGAGAACUACAGAGUGUCCCUGGCAGAAAAAGUGGUCCCAGCCGCUGACCUCUCGGAGCAGAUCUCCACCGCUGGAACAGAAGCCUCUGGUACAGGGAACAUGAAGUUUAUGCUGAAUGGAGCCCUCACCAUUGGCACCAUGGAUGGUGCCAAUGUGGAGAUGGCAGAGGAAGCUGGGGAGAAGAACCUCUUCAUCUUUGGCAUGCGGGUUGAGGAUGUAGAAGCCAUGGACAAGAAGGGGUACAACGCGAAGGAGUACUAUGACAGGAUCCCAGAGCUCCGGCAGGUGAUCGACCAGAUCAGCAGCGGCUUCUUCUCUCCAAAACAGCCUGACCUCUUCAAGGACGUCGUCAAUAUGCUGAUGAACCACGACAGGUUCAAAGUGUUUGCCGAUUAUGAAGCUUACAUCAGCUGCCAGGAGAAGGUCAGCAACCUCUAUAAGAAUCCAAAGGAAUGGACCAAGAUGGUCAUCAAGAACAUUGCAGGCUCUGGCAAGUUCUCCAGUGACCGCACAAUUUCCGAGUACGCCCGGGAGAUUUGGGGCGUGGAACCUUCCAGCGUCAAGAUCCCCGCCCCCAACGAGUGAGCCACACUGGACACACAGGCCACUGGCUCCGCAGCAGCAGCAGCAGCAGCGUGCACUUCAGGGACGGCAGUCUCACUGCA